AUGAGCGGCCGAUCCACGCCCUCGUUGGGCCACAGCGCCAGCAACUCGCGCCACGUCCGCAACGCAUCCCACCUUGAGCACCUCAAGAAAGUCCAACUCAACAAUGGCAGCGCUCCCGCACGCAGCAACGAGAAUGUCUUCGCGUCCCUCCGCGCUACCGCAAUGGUGGAGUCCAAACCGUACCUCCCCGCCGAACUCAUCGCAACGAUCUUGGAUUACCUGCCGGUGUCUGACUUGAUGCGUUUCUCGAGGGUGAGUCGUAGAUUGCAGGAGAUGGUGUAUGAUGAUACGCGGUGGAUACAGAAGCUAAGGCAGAUGGGGGCUUGGAAUGAAGGGGAGGCGAGGCAGAGGGUGGAGGAAGCGAUCAAGAGGAAGACGGAGGCGCAGUUGGCGAAGCAAAGCGAUGAGAGUGGGAAGAAGAUUGGGACGACGAAUGGGGUUGCCGGUGGGAGGAGACAUGCUGGGAGCGUGACACUGUUCGAUGCGGGUGUGGAGGAGCAGAGAUAUAGAAAGAGUUUGGAGCAGCCUCAGACGCCGCAGCAUAAGAGGAAGGGGACGCUGUCAGAUGGGUUUGAGGAUUUGUCGAUUUCUGGAUCGCCGGGCUCACCGACGAGGACUUCGCAGGGCUCUUUGAAUACUGCUGCGGCUCUAGAUGUCUUCAAGAGAGUACGGUCGAUACGGGGGCAUGCGAGACAGGAGUUUGGCAAGGUCUACGGCUCUUUGGCCCCGAUUUAUCUCGACUUGGCUCGCACCAAGGGUCAUUCCGACGCUCUGAUCUUCAGGACAUAUCGUGACCCUGAACAGCAGGCGCAGAUUCUGUCUAACCUCAAGCGAUUCGCGCAGUGCGAUCUUGCAAAUGGCUGGGAGCAACGAGAGGAGAAACUGGACUCUAUGAUUGGAGUAUUCGAAAACGCAGUACUACGAGAAUUCGAGCAGGGCUACGCUGCCGACGACGUGCCCGGCCGGAUGCGUCGAUACGCACAUGUGCUGGUCACUCUCAACGGAGGCAAUGCAGUAAUUGACUCCUUCAUGUCGAAUCAUUCGGCGAUGGCCAGGACCCAACGCAUUGGAAACCCUUUGGACUGUCUGGAAGAUGUGGCACCUGGUCACGUCGAUCUCAACCCAUCACAACGAUUCUUCGAACAACUAGCAUCGAUAAUGGUACAACAGGCCGAUAUCAUCGACAGAGUCUUUCCGCCUUCAGUAGAUGUUCUCACUCCGUUUUGGAUACGGCUAUGCGAGACUAUCGUGGCCGACUACCUCACUGCACUUUUUGAUGAAGCACAUGCGCGAGGCAUAGAGACGUAUGUCAAAGCAGUUGCUGGCACGUUUGGACAGGCCCUACGAUUAGUGGCUUCCCUCAAACCGACAAAAGCGUCGCCUCCCGAUUUUGUCGAAAAGGCGAAGCAGACGAUUGUCCAGUGUUUCGAAAAGCACGUCGAUCUCUACCUUGCCGAAGAGUUUCAAAACUUCACGACCAAGGCUAGCUAUGAGGUCGAUGUAUGGGAGAAGCAGCUGUCAGAGCAGGAAGCAUCAACGGAAUCGUUCUUCAUGUCGAAUGUCAACCGACAGGCGGCCAAGAGGGAUUUUUUGUCCUCUUUCAAGAAGGUGGUAAUGAUGCCGGUCAAUGCGUUCCCCAUGUCAUCGCCUUUUGGAACGGCGAAACCUGCUAAUGUGGCAGCUCGCUCGUCUGCGAAUCUCGACGCAAUAGACACCUCGUAUAAUCCGGGACCACGGCCGAGAACACCUACGUUGACAAGCUCGACACCACCUCCACGGUCAGCUACGCCUUCGCAAGAUCCUCCUACGACCGAGCUUGCCGCAAAGACGGCAAUUAUGAAUUCCCGUCUUGAAGGCAUCAAGUCUCUCUUCAGCAUCGAGGUCGCGCUGAACUUGUCGCAUCUUGCGAAGGCUUCCAUCGAGCGGACCGCCAUGAUGGUACAGAUGGGUGGAAACGAUGGCGAGGAAGCUAAGAAGCAAUGCGAGCGUAUUUUCGUGACGUUACUCGACAUCCUUGGGAAUCGCCAUAUCAAGAGCGGCUUCGACAAGGCGGUGAAUCAUCUGGGCGACUACAAUCCUCGGGAGGUACGCAAGUUCAAGUCCGAGUCUACGACUGAUCCGAGUACGCAUAUUGGAGUCGAGCCAUUGGUUACGUUCUUGGAGUUGGUCAAUGUUGGAGAUCUGAUCCAGCAGAUGAUUGACGUCUUCUACAAUCAGGAACUCGUCAACACCAAGCUUCUUGAGUCCGACGACUUUCUAGCUGCUGGUGUGAAAGAGAAGAAGAGAUUCGAACAGAUGCUGGAUGAACGUGUCGCGGCUGGUCUCAACAAAGGCAUCGACGUCCUCAUCGACGAAGUCGAAUACAUAUGCGCCACAUCCCAAACCCCCACCGACUUCAACCCCGAUCCCCAAGGCAUCGUCGACAUCGGUCCCUCCCCAACAGCCAAACAAGUCGUCGACAUGGUCUCCGGCCACACGGGCAUGCUCGUCGGCAGCACCGACAAGAACAUGCUCGACGUCUUCAACCAAGAAGUGGGGCUCCGCCUCUUCGGCGCCUUGUGCAAGCACUUCAAACGCCAACGCAUCUCCGUCGACGGCGCCAUCAAACUCAUCUCCGACAUCAACCACUACCACGCCUUCAUCAGCACCCUCAAACAAAAACCCCUCAUGCCGUACUUCGAGGCCCUCCGCGAGAUGUCGCAGAUCUACCUCGUGUACAUUGAUCCGCCCACGAGCGUGUUCGCGUCGAAUGCGAAGACGGGCAAGAGGGGGAGUCUGUUGACGGGAAAGGCGAGUAGUACCAGUUUGCAGGCGAAGGAGCUGGCGACGAUUAUUGCGGAUGGGCAGCGGUAUCAUGGGAUUUUUCCCGCCGAGGAGGUUUAUGAGUUUGCGGAGAGGAGGGCGGAUUGGUAUCUUGUUAAGGGGGAUGUGGAGAGGGCGAUGUAUGGGGUUGGGUGUGUGGUUAUGUAG